CACCCUGGCCUCGAGAUGUGUGGCUGCAGAACAAGUGUUCCCAGUACGAAGCAGUACUCGGUCAGUCAGCCAGCUCCUGCUUCCACCAAAAAAGGUCCCACAGCUGCUGCAGGCAUGCCCAAGGGCAUACCCAUAGCCAAGCAGCUGGAAUCAAUAAAAGCUCUAAGAAAAGGCUCAGACCUUGAAAAGGCUUUUGCUACAGCAGCUUUGGUGUAUAACAGCUAUGCUGACCCCGAGAGCAAGCUCAGCAAAGCUGAAACCAAGAGCUUACUGCAGUCCCAGUUUGGGCAGUUCAUACAGGGCCAAGAAAACAAACCAAAAUACCAGGAAAUAAUUUCUUCCUUGGAUGAGGAGUCAGAGAACAAAAUUAAUUUUGAAGAUUUCAUGAUCUUGUUAGUCAGUCUCACUCUAAUGUCUGACCUGCUGCAGGAGAUCAAAAAUGUGAAAACCACAAAAUGAUCUGUGAUUUUAAAGAAGAAAUGGCCUGGCACUAUAUGAGGAAAGCAUAAGUGAGCUACACAGAGAUACCU